AUGAAUACCCCUGCAUCACCCGCAAAUCUUACAUCCAGCAAUGCCAUGUUGGAGCAGAAACGUGCACGCCUACAAGGAAGGAUAAACAGAGCCAGAAGCAGCCACAUGCGUCGAGGUUCCUCGUGCAGAGGUUUGACCACCGACAAGCGGACAACGAAGAGGCAACUACCUGUCAAACAGAAUCAUCUGGAGGAUUCCUUCGCGAGUCUUCAUCCUAACGAGAUCCUUGAUCUGUUGGUAGUCAGUGCCAACGAGGAUCCAAACAACAGCUUUCGCUGUCUUCAGACUAUCAAGCACACCACGUUUGACAAGCCCAGACGAUCCAGAAGUUCCAGAGAGCUGAGAGGAAGUCUAUCGGAUAAGGCCGUUCCAUCUUCAGUGGAAAUCUGCUGA